AAAGGCUGGAGCAGCCUCCAACGCCAAACGCGGGACAAGGCGCAAACAGAGAGUAAGGAGACCGCGGGCGAGGAGGGGGGAUCUGAAGUCACCCAUGCGCGAUCGCCGGAGGCCCCUCCUGCCUGCCGGAGAAGCCAUAAAAAACCCUCGCCGAGGCGCGCAGCCCCACACUGGGAGAACGGAGCCAUUGGCGAGGAGAGCAGCCAAGAUCGAUCCGGGAGUAGCAGAGCAAGCGAGAGUCUUACGUACCACAAAAGAUGCAGGGGACUAUGCGGUUGUGGUUGUCCAUGAUGACUCUUGCCCUGUGCCUGCUGAUCUGUCUGGGGACAUUGGCAGAAGCAUAUCCUUCCAAACCAGACAGCCCUGGUGAGGAUGCGCCUGCAGAAGAUAUGGCCAGAUACUACUCAGCAUUGAGGCAUUACAUUAACCUCAUCACACGGCAAAGAUACGGAAAACGAUCCAGCCCAGAGACACUGAUCUCCGAUCUUUUGUUGCGAGAAAGUACAGAAAACAUUCCUAGAUCUAGGUAUGAAGAUCCUGCAAUGUGGUGAUGGGAGUCACAGCCGACCUUCAGUCUUUUUUUCCUAGUUUUCACUCCAUGUGCCAUUGGUAGAAGACCAGUUGGAGGUCCACCCACCAGUGCAUGCAGCCAUUGUACUGAAAUCUGUAGGUUCCCCCCCCACCUUCAUUAUCCUUGUACAUACGUUUAUUUAAAUAAAUUACUUGUGUACUCUAAAUGGUAACAUUUUAAUGCAAGAGGGUCACUAUAAUGAGCAGAAUUUUUUUAAGCUAUUAAAAUUUAAUUUACAACUUCCUUACUGUCUAAAAUAGCAUGUAUAAUAACUGUAGCACCCACCCUAAUAGUUGUAUAAAAAGUAGCAUUAAUUUUACACCUUAUUUGGUUCAGGGGCUCACUUUUAACAAUUGAUUUCUACAACAUUAUUUAUUUCAUAACUAUUGUUGCCCAUGACACAAUUGAAAAAAAAAAUAAAAUUAUGUGGAA